AUGGGGCAAAAGCUAACAACCCCCUUAAGCCUUACUCUAGAUCACUGGACAGAAGUCAGGACCCGGGCCCACAACCUGUCGCUGGAGGUCCGGAAGAAAAAGUGGAUCAGCUUCUGUUCCUCCGAAUGGCCCGCCUUCAAUGUAGGGUGGCCUAAGGAGGGCUCCUUUAAUCUUGGUGUUAUUUUACAGGUGAAGGCUCAAGUUUUCCAGCCCGGCCCUCACGGACACGCUGACCAGGUCCCCUACAUAAUUACUUGGGAAAAUCUUGCUCAGGAUCCCCCGAAGUGGGUUAAGCCUUUUCUCUCCCCUUCUAUCCCCCUCUCGGCCCCUCCACCCUCUCCCACUUCCUUCGUUCCUCUUCCUCCUGCCCCCAUCCAGCCUACCUUUCCUCCUCUGCCUGUCCCUCAGCCACCUACUCCCCUCACUCCUCCUCCACCACCCUUAUCCCGAUCUUCCCUCUACCCCCUAAAGGAGUUGUCAAAACUUAAAACAAAGGACUCCUCCCCCUCCUCUUCAAGUCCCCCCAUUCUGCCUGAUAAUCAGACAGAGACAGACUUGUUAUUGUUAGAGCCUCCCCAAAUGCCAGACCCUCCACCGCCUUAUGCCCAACCUGCUCCGAUGGAAGAGCAAAGGGGCCCGCUAGGGGUCUCCCAUUCCCCAUCUGCUCCUUCUCCAGACUCCACUGAGAUGGAGGACCCCCAGGCCCUGACGGGUUUAAUUGAGUCCAUCUUGCUAACCCACCAGCCCACUUGGGACGAUUGUCAGCAACUUUUGCAGACUCUCCUCACCACGGAGGAACGGCAGCGAGUGUUCCUAGAGGCUCGCAAGAAUGUUCCAGGAAAAGAUGGCAGGCCAACGCAGUCCAAUGAGAUCGAUGAAGUGUUCCCGUUAACCCGCCCAAAUUGGGACUUCAACAUCGCAGCUGGUAGGGAGCGACUCCGUGUUUAUCGCCAGGUUCUCUUGGCGGGUCUCAAAGGGGCCGGGAGGCGCCCCACCAAUUUGGCUAAGGUACGUGCAAUAGUGCAGGGUUCUGAGGAAACGCCUGCGGGAUUUUUAGAGAGGCUAAUGGAAGGAUACCGUAUGUGUACGCCCUUUGACCCCUCUGCUGCAGACAGACAAUCCGAUGUCAUUAUGUCAUUUAUCGGGCAGUCGGCGGACAUUCGGACUAAGCUACAACAGUUGGAGGGGCUUCAGGGGUAUACUUUACAGGAUUUGGUUAAGGAAGCAGAGAAAAUUUUUAAUAAGAGAGAGACUCAGGAAGAGAAAGAAGAAAGGUUAUGUAAGUUGCAGGAGGAUAGAGAGGACAAGCGAGACAAGAAACAUACCAAAGAGUUAAGUAAGAUCUUGGCCACUGUAGUGCGACAGCCAGGAGAGAGAGAGGCUAGGUUAGAUAGGAACCUGGGGGACGAAAAGAAACGUCUAGUGAGCCGUGACCAGUGUGCAUACUGCAAGGAAAUAGGACACUGGGUCAGGAACUGCCCGAAAAAAAGGGGGCAGAUGAGAGGACCCCGAAGACCAGCACAAGUAUUGUCCUUACAGGAUGAAGAUUAGGGCAGUCAGGGCCAGGAGCCCCGCCCUGAGCCCCGGGUAACCCUUCAAGUGGGGGGCCAGCCAGUAACCUUCCUGGUUGAUACUGGCGCCCAACAUUUGGUCCUAACCCGAGCAGGAGGUCCCCUGAGUUCUAAGACAUCCUUGGUGCAGGGGGCCACAGGGGGAAAAUUGUACCGAUGGACAACUGAGCAAAAAGUACACCUCGGAACGGGGCUAGUCACCCACUCGUUCCUCCUAAUUCCAGACUGCCCCUAUCCGUUGUUGGGGAGGGACCUCCUCUCAAAGGUAGGGGCCCAGAUUCAUUUCCAAGGAAAAGGGGCCUCCGUCAGAGGACCCCAAGGACAGCCCCUCCAAGUCCUAACCUUACGCCUGGAGGAUGAACACCGGUUACAUGAAAGCCCUCAGUCAGCUCAAAUCGACCCCCAAUGGUUAUCAGAUUAUCCCCAGGCUUGGGUGGAGACUGCAGGAAUGGGACUGGCUACAAACCAGCCUCCCGUGGUUAUUGGACUUAAAGCUUCAGCUACCCCGGUAAUGAUCCGCCAGUAUCCAUUAAGCAGGGAAGCCAAAAAUGGAAUUAGGCCACAUAUACAAAGACUGCUCCAAUUGGGUAUCCUAAAACCAUGUCAAUCUCCAUGGAAUACCCCCUUAUUGCCCGUCAAAAAGCCUGGGAUGGGAGACUACCGUCCAGUACAGGACUUGAGGGAAGUGAAUCGGAGGACAGAGGACAUACAUCCCACGGUGCCUAAUCCCUACAACUUCCUAAGUAUGCUGCCCCCGAGCCACACAUGGUAUACAGUGUUAGAUUUAAAGGAUGCUUUCUUUUGCAUAAGGCUAAGCCCUCAGAGUCAACCGAUCUUUGCUUUUGAGUGGAGAGAUCCAGAAUCAGGUUUCUCAGGACAGCUCACAUGGACUAGAUUGCCACAAGGAUUUAAAAACUCCCCGACCCUGUUUGACGAGGCUCUACAUCAGGACCUGGCCGACUUCAGAGUCAAUCGUCCCCAAUUCACUCUUCUACAGUAUGUAGAUGAUCUACUCCUAGCAGCUGAGACUCGAGAUGACUGUCUGAAAGGUACUGGGGCCCUUUUAAAGAGACUGGGGGAGUUGGGGUAUAGAGCCUCAGCCAAAAAGGCCCAAAUCUGUGUCCAACAAGUGACCUAUCUAGGCUACAAGCUGGAAGGAGGGCAGAGGUGGCUAACAGAGAGCCGCAAACAAGCCAUUACCCAGAUCCCUCCGCCCACAAGUGUGCGAGCACUGAGGGAGUUCUUAGGAAGUGCUGGAUUCUGUCGCUUGUGGAUACCAGGGUUUGCUGAACUGGCAGCCCCUCUGUACCCCCUUACCAAGGCAAAUACCCCAUUCCGUUGGGAAAGGGAACAACAACAGGCUUUUAAUCAAAUUAAAAAGGCCUUAUUAUCAGCUCGGGCCUUGGGCCUCCCAGAUGUGACCAAGCCAUUCACUUUAUAUGUGGAUGAGCGACAGGGAAUUGCGAAAGGAGUUCUGACCCAAAAAUUGGGACCCUGGAAAAGACCAGUGGCCUAUUUUUCAAAGAAACUGGACAGUGUGGCUUCAGGAUGGCCACCAUGUCUCCGGAUCAUUGCAGCUGUGGCCGUGUUGGUAAAAGACUCUGAUAAACUAACCUUGGGACAGCCCUUAACGGUGAGGGCCCCCCAUGACAUAGAGACAGUUAUUCGCCAGCCCCCUGACCGUUGGCUUUCCAACGCCCAGAUCACCCAUUACCAAACAAUGCUGUUAAAGCCCGACCGAAUCCGGUUUGGGGCCGCAGUCUCUCUCAACCCAGCAACUCUACUUCCAGACUCAGGCCCUCACCUCUCCAUCGAACAUGAUUGUCAUCAAAUCCUGGCAGAGGUGCACGGGACCCGAGAGGACUUGACCGACCAGCCCCUACCAGAUGCUGAACACACCUGGUAUACGGAUGGAAGCAGUUUUCUGCAUAACGGUGAGCAGAAGGCUGGGGCAGCAGUAGUAUAUGGGACCACAGUCAUCUGGGCCUCAGCCCUAGAGCCUGGGACAUCAGCACAGAGGGCCGAACUCAUCGCCCUGACACAGGCGUUGACAGAAGCCCGGGGGGAAAAAGUCAACAUUUAUACAGACAGUUGGUAUGCUUUUGCUACCGCACAUGUCCAUGGAGAGAUUUAUAGGAGGCGAGGCUUAUUAACCUCAGCAGGAAAAGACAUUAAAAAUAAAAAGGAAAUCCUAGACCUCCUACAAGCCCUCUUCCUACCUAAAAAGGUGAGCAUCGUCCAUUGCCCAGGUCACCAAGUGGGGAGGGACCCUGCAGCAGAAGGGAACAGGAUGGCGGAUGAAACUGCUAAGGCGGUGGCCUUACAAAACCAAACCCUUGCCUUAGCCACAUCAUGGGAAAGACAGCCAAAUAAACAACCCCUCUUCCAGUAUUCAGACCAGGAUGUGGAAACAGCCAAAAAGCUAAAGGCAACCUUUAAUAAUUCGACUGGGACGUGGGAAUAUGAAAACAGGACUAUAUUGCCCCGCAAGGAUGCGAGGAGGCUGAUUACUUACUUACACAGGUGGACCCACUUGGGUUACAAAAAGUUGGAGACUCUUUUACGGAGGGAGGAGCAGUCUCAUUACAUUCCAGAUCUGCCGGGCAUAAUUAAACAGGUCAUAGACUCUUGUGUUUCCUGCGCCAAGGUCAAUGCGGGCCGAUUCCAAGCGUCCGCUGGAGUCAGAAUGAGAGGAGAAUGACCUGGCACCAACUGGGAGGUCGAUUUCACUGAAAUUAAGCCUGGCAAGUAUGGAGCUAAGUAUCUCCUAGUCUUUGUGGAUACCUUCUCCGUCUGGACAGAAGCUUUCCCCACUAAACAAGAGACUGCACAAGUGGUAGUCAAAAAGAUUUUGGAAGAGAUUUUCCCUCGAUUCGGGCUCCCUAAGGUAAUAGGGUCAGAUAAUGGCCCUGCUUUCGUCUCCCAGGUAAGUCAGAUGGUGGCCAAGCUGUUGGGGAUAGAUUGGAAAUUACAUUGUGCUUAUCGCCCCCAGAGUUCAGGACAGGUAGAACGAAUGAAUAGGACAAUUAAAGAGACCCUAACCAAAUUAGCCCUAGAAACUGGCACUAAAGACUGGGUCCAACUCCUUCCCAUGGCCCUGUUUAGAGCCUGGAAUACUCUGGCAAGCCAUGGAUUAACCCCCAAUGAAAUCUUGUAUGGAGGACCUCCUCCUAUAGCAGAUUUUCUUAAUCCCGCCAUUGAUUCUUCUACGAAUAUCCAAAGCCUACAGGCACGGCUGCGAGCUCUACAACUCAUCCAGAGACAAGUGUGGAAGCCGCUGGCCGCCGUCUACAGCGUGGGGAGCUCCGCAGUCCCACAUCCCUUCCAGAUCGGCGACGAUGUGUACGUGAGGAGGCACCAGUCCAAGACCCUCGAGCCGCGGUGGAAGGGCCCGUACGUCGUGCUGCUGACCACACCCACUGCGCUAAAGGUAGACGGGAUCGCCGCCUGGAUCCACGCCUCCCACGUCAAGCGAGCCCCGCCUGGAGACAAGAAGGACCCCUCGGAGCCAGCGAGAUGGAAAACUGGUUUCUGUGUCUUAGUACACCUCUACCCCCGAGUAACAUACUAUGACUCCCGAUCCUUUGAAGAACUGGCGGAAGGCCUGGUCCCCCGCAGAUUCAAAAGAGAACCCAUCAGCAUGACGUUAGCUGUCCUCUUGGGAUUUGGGACCACCACAGGUAUUACGGGAGUAGGAGUAGGGGCGGCCGCAUAUGCGGAAGGCCAACAAGGCCUAAGACAACUAAAAGCUGCCAUAAACCAGGACUUAAGAAAUUAA